AUGGACCAAGUCGUCGAAGAUAGAUCAGCCCUUUUUGCCAACGUUCUUCGACAUCUGAAAGAAGUGAAGGAGAAUCCAUCUGUCAAUCUCAAUGAAGAACUGCUACUCAGAGCAUCAAGAAAUGCCGACUCGCAUACUCCACCACUAACUCUCUGGGAGACAUUGAGAACAGGCGAAGAGACCUUGCAAAUCCUGCAGCAGGAUCCAAGACCACUAACUCGGCUUCUGGAGCAGGUUGUCCUUUCAUUACCCUUUGAUGAGCUCAAAACUACUAUCACUUCGCAGAAGCUGGAAGAAGGGCUGAAGUCUCCUUCUGUCCCUGUACAGCUACUGAUCCUUGCUUAUCUGCGUAAAGCUACUGACCUACCAAGUGGUGCUGCAUUUGUCGCCUGCAGUCCUUCUUUAACGAGCGUCCUUGUUACUACCUGGCUAUCGACUGAGAGUACUGAGGUAUCAGACAAGUCACUUGAUACCCUCAUUGCUCUACUAGAGGUGGACAGUCCUUCCUCAAGCACCUUUGUAGUUACCCAUGCAGCUAGUGGCGAAGCAUAUGGCCAAGGGUUGCUCUGGCGAAGGAUCUUCUCAGAUCCAGGAGUGUACAGUCUGCUCUUUGAAUGGACUACUCUAACCACAAAAUCAAGACAUGACGUGACGACAAAGAAGGGUUUAAAACAGGCCACUAUAUCGCAGGGCAGAAUGCUCGACUUUAUUUCUAGGUCGGUGGAGAUCGAUUGGGCUCAAAUCACUACUUCCACACUGCCUGAUGUUGAGAAGAUAUACAUGAAAGGGGAUACGAGCAAUCAACCCUAUGCAGGUCUUCUAAGAUAUGCAGUUUCUGAUAUGAUUGACCCGGCUGACGAUCUGAUGCAAUUCUUGAGGCAGGAUUUCUUCCUGAAGUUGCUCAAUGUGGCUGAAGAGUCCAACAGCAGGGGUAUGCCGGUCAGGUUGCUUGCAGAACUUCAGUCAAAUACAGGAAUUGGUACAGGUCACUCCGCAAACGGCAAUGGAUUGCACUUGUAA